AUGACUUCUUCAGGACCAGUAGGUCGACAAGCGAUGAUAGAAAAACGUUAUUUUGAGCCCACUGUCAAGGAGCUCUACAAUUUUGAACGCUCUUCGUUUGAAAAGCAGACUCGGAGCUGUGUACAGGGUGUCAGUUUUUCGUUCAAAGUGCCUAAUAAGCGGUGCAUGAAGAAAAGCGAGUCAGUUGUUAGUUCAGUAAAAAGAAACAGCAGUGAUACAGAUUUGAAGCCCUCUAUCAGAACAAUCGUUCGAAGUAAGAGUUCAUCUGAAUUAUUGGAGAAAGCUGUAUCAGAAACGACGAAAACAACGUUGAUAUCGAAACUAGCAUCCGACAGUAAUUUCAUGCAGGAUUCGUGCAGUGAAAAGGAGUUAAAUACACCUGAAUGUAAAGCUGAUGGGGGGCCACCCAUCAAGAUGAACAAGAAAGUGGAUUCGAAGAAGAAAGUGUUGGGAAAGACGAUUUCUGCGACACCAUCUCAUACUGCGAACAACGGAGCCACUGGAAGUAGAAAUAAGUGUUUUCCCGGAGCUAUCUGCUCAUCGCGACUCUCUGCAGCAUUGAACCGUAACUCUGAAUGGGAAAAAUUGGCGAUGAAAAGUAGAUCCAUAUUUUUGAAACACAGAAGUCAGAAAAUGUUGAAAGAUCGUUUGGAAAAGUACUGUGUAAUAAAACAGAAAUCGCAUAACAGCGAAAGGUCAAAUACAACGGAAGCAAGUCAAACACCAACAGCUCCCUAUCUGAUGAUCAAAGAAGCGCCGCCAAAAUUUAAUCAAAAUUUUUUUGAUCUCUUCUUUAAUCAUCUCAAUGAGGAAAAAGUCGAACAAAGCGAAACUUCAUGCGAAAGUAAUGAGAGCAAGACGUUGGUGGAGAAAAACAUGCCUUCAAAAAGAAAUUUGAAUCACGAAAUUGGUUUACAGGACACAAAGAAAAUUCCAUUCUCUUCGUUAGCUGAAACUCAACCACUUACCGCCAUUGACAGAAACAGUGGGAAAGUUAUGGACAACAGAAGUGGCGUGAAGAGAUUAUCGCUCAUUAGUGACACUAAAGAUGCUGCAGAGAUAGAAGUGACGAAAGAAGUGGAAUCUUUGGUAAAAAAAGCUUUGCUUCAGACAACUGUGGGCUCUUGUUUUCGUACCAAUCAGGAUUUAAGGAAAAGUGGCAGUGAUAGUGUUCAAGAGGGCCACGGUUUUGAUAUGACAAACGAUGACGCUAAGCUAAAGAAAAUGUGGACGCUAGUGGCAGAAGAAAGCUCACUGACAAAUAAUUUGAAUGAUAUUAGUGCAAAAAUAAACAAAAUUAAGGCGGACUUAUGCGCCCUGUCCAAUGAAUCGUUUCAGAUUACGAAAAGAUUGGAUGAAGUGCGAUUCCUCAAAAAUCAGCUCUUAAAUAAUUCUCAUUGUAAGUCUUAUUCAGAUUUCCAGCCGUGA